AUGGCACAGAAAACUACUGAAAUCGGUAACUUUGUUGACCGAAUCUUUACCGACGCCUUCUUCCAGCCCGACGAUGAGCUAUCCUUAAAGACUGUCAAAGAGAGUUUUGCUUCCGACUUCGAGGCCAACAUCAAUGGCGUUACCAUACCGGGCGAAGUUUACAAGGAAGCUAUUGCCUCUUCCCGCGCCAAAUCAAUCUUCAAGCUCGUCAAGGUUGAAGAAGUUCUUGCCAGCCAUGAUGCAGACAAGUCAACUGGAGGAUCCGUGUCUCACUAUACAGAAUUUUUGGAUAUCGACAAAGAAACUGGCGCUGUGAAGCAAGAAUCCUCUCUGACGAUUGUCACUUGCGCAGAGCAGGACGGAAAGGUGGUUUUCAAGUCGUUGACUGAAAUACAUCGGCUUAUCUUCUACAUCAGGGGCCCUGCGUUGGCAUAA